AUGCCUGUGCCAGAGCCAGAUGUUGAGGUGCCUUCCGGUGACACCAAGAAGGGUGCCAAGCUCUUCAAGGCUAAGUGUGCUCAGUGCCACACCAUCGAGCAAGGCGGUAAUACCAAACAAGGCCCUCCUCUUUGGGGUCUUAUUGGUCGCACAUCAGGCACCUGCGAUGGUUUUGCCUACUCCGAAGCCAACAAGAACGCUGCCAUUGUGUGGUCAGACAAGCACUUGUUCGAGUAUUUGCUGAACCCCAAGAAGUACAUCCCUGGUACCAAGAUGGUUUUUGCAGGCAUCAAGAAGGAGAAGGAGCGGGCUGAUUUGAUUGCCUACAUGGCCGAGAUGAAGUAA